CCCGCGCGGGCCUGGCCAUUCGCGACCGGGAGCUGCGCGGGCGCGAGGGAGUCGGGGCUCCGGGUGGGCGGUGGCAGCAUUGGCGCCCCGCGCAGGCUGGAGGCCGCCGAGGCUCGCCAUGCCGGGAGGACUGUAGCUCCCCCAUGGAGUCGGCCGACUUCUACGAGGCGGAGCCGCGGCCCCCGAUGAGCAGCCACCUCCAGAGUCCCCCGCACGCGCCCAGCAGCGCCGCCUUUGGCUUUCCCCGGGGCGCGGGCUCCGCGCAACCCCCCGCCCCACCUGCCGCCCCGGAGACGCUGGGCGGCAUCUGCGAACACGAGACGUCCAUCGACAUCAGCGCCUACAUCGACCCGGCCGCUUUCAACGACGAGUUCCUGGCCGACCUGUUCCAGCACAGCCGGCAGCAGGAGAAGGCCAAGGCGGCCGCGGCCCCCGCAGGAGCCGCCGGCGGCGACUUUGACUACACGGGCGCCCCCGGGGGCCCCGGCGGCUCCGUGAUGCCGGGAGGGGCGCACGGCCCCCCUCCUGGCUACGGCUGCGCGGCGGCCGGCUACCUGGACGGCAGGCUGGAGCCCCUGUACGAGCGCGUCGGGGCGCCGGCGCUGCGGCCGCUGGUGAUCAAGCAGGAGCCGCGCGAGGAGGACGAGGCGAAGCAGCUGGCGCUGGCCGGCCUCUUCCCCUACCAGCCGCCGCCUCCGCCGCCGCCGCCGCACCCGCACCCACCGCCCGCGCACCUGGCCGCCCCGCACCUGCAGUUCCAGAUCGCGCACUGCGGCCAGACCACCAUGCACCUGCAGCCCGGCCACCCCACGCCGCCGCCCACGCCCGUGCCCAGCCCUCAUCCGGCGCCGGCUCUCGGCCCCGCUGGCUUGCCAGGCCCGGGCGGCGCGCUCAAGGGGCUGGCCGCGACGCACCCCGACCUCCGCGCGGGCGGCGGCGGCAGCGCGGGCAAAGUCAAGAAGUCGGUGGACAAGAACAGCAACGAAUACCGGGUGCGGCGCGAGCGCAACAACAUCGCCGUGCGCAAGAGCCGGGACAAGGCCAAGCAGCGCAACGUGGAGACACAGCAGAAGGUGCUGGAGCUGACCAGUGACAAUGACCGCCUGCGCAAGCGGGUGGAACAACUGAGCCGCGAACUGGACACGCUGCGGGGUAUCUUCCGCCAGCUGCCCGAGAGCUCCCUGGUCAAGGCCAUGGGCAACUGCGCGUGAGGCGCGGGGCGGCGGGACCGCCCUGGGCCGGCCGCUGGCUGUGACCCAGGGAGUGGUUUCGGGUCUCCGGAUCUCAAGACUGGCCCCGCGGCGCAAGCCGGGACUAGGAGAUUCCGGUGCCGCCAGAAAGCCUGGCCUGCAGCGCGCGCCCCUUGCCUUCCUCUGCGCCAGAUUCCGUGCGUCUAAGAGAAGGGUCAGGCGGUGGUUUCUCCCUGCAGGAGGGGAGAAGUGCCAUGGGGCUGAGCCGGAAGCCCCGGCAACUCUAGUAUUAAGGAAUAACCUUGUGCCUUGGAAACGCAAACUCACCGCUCCGAUUCCUACCGAGUAGGGGGAGCAAAUAUGUGCCUUGUCAUUUUAUUUGGAGGGUUCCUGCCUCAAUCGUGAGGCUGCAGGGCCCCAGGAGAGAAGGCAGUGUGCAGGCCCAGGGCAGGAAGGAAGGUCCAGGGAGCAGAGAUCGUGACAAGCCGGCCCUAGCCGCUCCUCCAGCGCCUGUCCUUGGAAGGGAGGAAAUACAGGGACUUGGAAGGCUGUUUCCCUAGUUCUGCACGAAGGUGGAGGGUGCCUAGUUCCUUGCCUCUAAUUUCCCAGCCUACAACAGGCUGGGCUUCCCUGGGCAGAACUCACUUAGAUGGGGGUCACCGGGUGACCCGUGGGAGCCCCCUGCCCCCAGUCAGACCAGAAAGCUAGGACAUGGGUUACCUCUCCGGACAUGUGUUCAUGGGAGUGGCGUCCUGGUGGCGCAGGGAAACCUAGAGCUCUGGUCCGGGGAGGGGGUGGGGGCUGGGGUGAAGGGACCCUGGGACAAGGCGCCUUGUCCUGUGUGUUGCCAGCAUUGCCAUGCAAACACGGAGCACAAUCUGCCCAUCCCAGAGGGACCGAAGUUAUGAGAAGCUUUCCAAAUAUUUUGCUUUAUCAGCCGAUAUCAACACUUGUAUCUGGCCUCUCUGGGUCCCAGCGGUGCCUUGUGCAAUGUCAAUGCGCACGUCUAUGCUAAACCACCAUUUUAUUUGGUUUUUGUUUUGUUUUGGUUUUGCUCAGAUACUUGCCAAAAUGAGACUCUUUGUCAACAGCUGCUGCAAGGGGGGUCCUCGGCUCUCUUUCCUUUUGGUUUUGGGGGAUUGCUUUUGCCCCCCGGGGGAACCAAAGAGGUGAGGUGGGCUUCCUCUUUCCCUGGGGGGAGGGGACCUGUGGGCCUCGGUGCCCUCUGGCCUGGGCCGCCCACAGGCCCGUCCCUGCAGAGGCCCUGGCUCCUGGUCUGGAAGGGAGGCGGCCUCCAGCCAGAUCGCCGGGGCCGGGAGCAGGGAAGGACAGCUUGGUUCUCUUCUUUGGGGGAGAACGUAGAGUUUCAUGCUAGAUGUUUUAUGUAUUAUAUCUAUAAUAUAAACAUAUCAAAGUAAA